GAGCCCCCCGGCCCCUGACGCCCAGGGACCCCUCAAAGCCCCUCCGACUCCACGGCGACAUCCCCCCCCCAUCACUGUCGUCAUGUCGCGACCGAUGAGCGACGAGGACCGGCGGCGGCAGAUCAGCGUGCGGGGGCUGGCGGGGGCCGAGAACGUGGCGGAGCUGAAGCGCAACUUCAACCGGCACCUGCACUUCACCCUCGUCAAGGAUCGCAAUGUCGCGACAGCGCGCGAUUACUACUUUGCGCUGGCCCACACCGUGCGCGACCACCUGGUGGGGCGCUGGCUGCGGACACAGCAGUACUACUACGAGAAGGACCCCAAGCGCAUCUAUUACCUGUCCCUGGAGUUCUACAUGGGGCGCACUCUGACCAACACGAUGGUGAACCUGGCGCUGCAGAGCGGCUGCGAUGAGAUGCUGUACCAGCUGGGGCUGGACAUGGAGGAGCUGCAGGAGAUCGAGGAGGACGCGGGGCUGGGGAACGGCGGCCUGGGGCGGCUGGCAGCCUGUUUCCUGGACUCCAUGGCCACCCUGGGACUCGCUGCCUACGGAUACGGGAUCCGCUACGAGUUCGGGAUCUUCAACCAGCGAAUUGCGGGGGGGUGGCAGGUGGAGGAAGCCGACGAUUGGCUGCGCUACGGGAACCCCUGGGAGAAGGCACGGCCCGAGUACACGAUCCCAGUGAGGUUCUACGGGAGGGUGGAGCACGGCCCGGGCGGGGCCAGGUGGCUGGACACGCAGGUGGUGCUGGCUGUGCCCUAUGACACCCCCGUGCCCGGGUACCGCAACAACACCGUCAACACUCUGCGUCUCUGGUCGGCCCGAGCUCCCAACGACUUCAACCUCAAGGACUUCAAUGUCGGGGGGUACGUCCAGGCCGUGCUGGAUCGAAACCUGGCAGAGAACAUCUCCCGUGUGCUGUACCCCAAUGACAACUUUUUCGAGGGCAAGGAGCUGAGGCUGAAGCAGGAAUACUUCGUGGUGGCGGCGACGCUCCACGACAUCAUUCGGCGCUUCAAAUCCGCCAAAUUCGGGAGCCGUGACCCCGUGAGAACGUCCUUCGAGACCUUCCCCGACAAGGUCGCGAUCCAGCUGAACGACACCCACCCGUCCCUGGCCAUCCCGGAGCUGAUGCGGAUCCUGGUGGACGAGGAGCGGCUGGGCUGGGAUGAGGCCUGGAACAUCACGGUUCGUACCUGUGCCUACACCAACCACACGGUGCUGCCCGAGGCCCUGGAGCGGUGGCCGGUCCAUCUCCUGGAGUCGCUGCUGCCGCGGCACCUGCAGCUCAUCUACGAGAUCAACCAGCGCUUCCUCGACCGUGUCUACGCCUCGUUCCCCGGGGACCACGACCGCCUGCGCCGGAUGUCGCUGGUGGAGGAAGGUGCCGUCAAACGCAUCAACAUGGCCCAUCUGUGCAUCGUGGGCUCCCACGCCGUCAACGGCGUCGCCGCCAUCCACUCCCAGAUCCUCAAGGACAGCGUGUAGGGGCCCCCCCGACACCCCA